GAGCGGCCUUCCACGCCGCGGCUCCCCCGCGCUCGGGGAUGGAGGCGGGCCGCCCGCACGUGCCCGUGCACCAGCUCGAGCCGAGCGAGGUACUCUUCCUCCCCCCGGACCCGCCGACCCCGUCGCGGUCGGCCUCGGAGCGCGGGCGGCGGCCCGCGGGCGACGAGCCGAGCCCCGCGGAGCGGCGCGGAGAGGGCGCGGAGUUGCGGCGGGCGGAGGGCCCGCAGGCCGACCCGUCGAGCGCGGGCGCGGGGUCCAUGGAGGUGGUUUUCCUCCCCGCGGACCCGCCGACCCCGUCGCCCUCGGCCUCGGCGGGCCGGCGGCAGCGCGCCAGCGACGGCCACAGCAGCCCGAGCCCCGCACGGCGCGACGGCGCGGAGCCGCACGGCGCGCGCGCCGGGGGCCCGCCUGCGGCCGAGCCGCUGCUGGCGAGCGUGGAGCGCCGGCUGGCCGAGCAGCUGGACCGGAUAGAGGGCAAGGUCGACUUGCUCGUCGGCGGCCACCAGAGGAGGGCCAGCGUGCGGCGGGCCCUCCGCAACAGCCAGGUCGGCGACAGCCUCACCAAGGCGUGGGAGGCGGCGGCCGAGGGGAGCCCCACCAGCCGCAUCAGCCGGGCGGCCCUGAGCCGCCAGACCUCCCCGGAUGGAGAGGGCGCUGGCCGGAAGGUGUUCGGGGCCGGUGCCGGCGACUGCCAAAGCCUCGCGGGGCGGCGCGAAGCAGGCGCGGAGCGCAGGCUGGUCGACGGCCCGCCAGCCGACCCGUCGACCGCGGGCGUGGAGUCCAUGGUGCUGCCCGCCGCCCGGCAGUCGGCGCUGCCGCCGAGGCGGAAACUGGCCCGGCAGCAGAGCUUGCCGGCGGGACGCGUCGCUGAGCUGCUCGCCGACGCGGACGGGGCGGGCUCGUCGCCGCAAUCGCCGACCCAGUCGCAGGCGCUGGAGCUUCGCGCCGCGGCCCGAGGGCCGGCGGAGCGCAGGCUGCCGGGCGACGUGCCGCCCGUGCCGCCCCGCGCGCGCAGCGCCCGGUCGUCGAUCUGGAGGCUCCCGCGGGUGACGCGCAGCCGCAUGUCGACGAGCACGGCGGCCAGCAGCUCCCCGAAGAGGAUACGGUCCUCCAUGCUGACCUCCAAGCUGACCAGGGCCCAGGAGAUCCUGAGCGAGGUGGAGAAGGCCGAGGCCAGCGAGAGGAGCCAAAAUGUCAUCGCCCCGUCGCGCUACAACCACGAGAGCAAGAAGAGGGUCAGGCUCAUAAAGCAUGCGAACACCAUCAGGCUCAAGCGUCAAGAGUUUGGGAUCGUGGGCAGAUUGGUUGUGUCCACCCAGUUCGACUUGUCCAUCACGGUCCUCGUGAUCCUGAACGCACUGAUCAUAGGCGCCCAAGUACAGCACGACGCGGUGUCCAGCAGGCACGCGCCAGAGUUCGAGUUGGCGGAGUAUUCUUUCACGGUUAUUUUCCUUGCGGAGCUUUGCGCGCGAUUGUCGGUGCACCGUUCCAAAUUCUUCACCAACCCGCAGGAGCGUUUGUGGAACAUGUUUGAUUUCUUUUUGGUGUGCCUCUCUCUGGUCGACGGCGCCCUCAGCCUGUACGGGCGGGAAUUGCCUGGGGCGUUCAUGGGCAAGCUCGCGAGGGUAAUGCGCCUACUUCGUAUCGUGCGCAUCGUUCGUGUGGUGCGGAAGCUGGCCCAGCUUCGUGUGAUGCUGCACAUGAUCAUCAGUUCGAUGCUUUCGCUUUUCUGGGUCCUGGUCAUCAUGACGGGAGUUAUCUACAUGGUUUCGGUAGUUCUCACGCAGGGAGCCACCGACUACCUGAAAGAAGCCACUGUCUCUCCCGACACCGACGAGUUCAAGGAUGUGCAAAGCUUGUACGGGUCGUUGUUCAACACGAUGUACAUUCUAUUCAUGUGCAUGUCUGGGGGAAUCAGCUGGGGGAUGGCGUCGCAGCCGAUGCGUGGCCCAGGAUGGCUGCUCGAAGCCAUUGUCAUUAGCUUUGUGUUUUUCAUGGUGUUCGCGGUGGCUAACAUCGUAAAUGGGGUCGCGGUGGCGGGUUUGUCGAUGGCGCCAUCGAGCUUUCCAAGCGCGACCGCUCGGUGA